AUGUUUAAAUCAAAACUGGCCAAAACCAUCAACAAGAGAAAUCUAUCUCUCCUAGAUAAAUUGAAACCUCCACAAGAUGGUGCUCAAGCAUACCCUCAAGUCUUUUCAGAUUUAAAACAAUUAAUCAUACCUUCCUCUUUUGAUCCUUCAGAAGAUGAUUCCACCAUCUUAGCAACCCCGGAAAAAUUGAUUGAUCAAUAUAAACAAAUUAAUAAUAAUACACAACUUGGACACUUUGUUUCCAAGAUUAAUGAUACAGAUCGUCAUUAUUUAUCUCAACAUCUUAAUGAAUUAUCUGAAAAUUCUCAAAAUUGGAAUUCCCUUGAUAAAGGUUUGAUAAAAUUACAAUAUUAUUUAGCAUUCGGUAAUAUUGGACCACGGAAUGUGGAAAACUUACAGAAACCCUCACCUCAAUCGAUAGACCCCUUGACAAGAAAAGUCUUGUAUUUAUCUUCAAUCAUUGCUCUAGCUGCAAUUGCAAACACUUUUUAA